AUGCUCUUACAGGUGCUCGUGCCAUGUCUGGCACUACUGGAACUAUGCGCCGCGGGUUACGUGACCGUGCCACUGCAGAGCCCAGCCGGUGUGACGUACGUUAACGCUCAACACCACGUGGGUUUGCUGGCGGGACCAGCCCGAUACACUGUUGGUCAUGUUCCGACCGUGGUCGAGAACCGCCAGGCUGCAGUAGCAGUCAGUCCAGCUCCAGCUCCGACCUAUUACUCGUACAACCUCCAGCCACAGCAUGUCCAACCGGUGUUCGGGAAAGCCAGCUACACACCAGCCGUACAGUAUCAUCACACGACCACCUACGGUAAUCCGACGGUGCGCGUUUACGAGCCAAAGUCCUUCGUGUACGGUGUCCAGGGUGGUGGCACGACCACUCAUACCGUCCAAUCGGUACCGGUUCCGGUUCCAGUUCCGGUGCCAGUGACUCCUGCGCCAGUUCCUCACCAUCCGGUGGCCGUUCCGGUGCACGUUCCUGUUCACGUCCCUGUACCGGUUCCCGUGACACCGACGUACACGAAAACCGUCACCACAGGGCCGAGCUACGUCCCGGCCAUUAUCCCACAGGAGAAGCAGGUCCCGAUCGUACGAUCACGCAAAUUUAAGGUACGCCGACCGGCCAUCCAGAAUCAAUUCUACGACAUCGAGGAACGCGUCAUCAUUCGCCCUGUCGGUUCGGCGUUGGUCGAGCUUGAACAGCCCGUUUCGCAGACGGAAACGCAGACAAAGACCACCAAAACGACCACCACGACGUUUGUGGAGAAACGGCCUGUCUAUGGGCCACCCUCGACGCCAGCUCCGGCUCCUGCACCGGUUCCACUUCCGGCUGUUCCGGAGGAUGAAAGCUACGGUACGCGAACCGUCACAAGCCGGCCACACGUGGUCACGCAGACGACGACGGUUUACACCGAGCGACCUCCGCUGAAGGGUGGCUAUGACCGGAUUGAGGUUGCUUCCAAAUCGGCCGCUUCCACUAGCCGAGUAUCGGAUGCCGAGUUCAUCGAUACAGCCCCAGCCGUUCCCAGUCAACCUGCCGAACGACCCUUCUUCACGCAGGGUCACGCCAUCUUGCACGGCCACCAUCAGACGGCUUACGUGCCGCAUCCCUUUGCACCCCAUCUAGCUCCACAUCCGUUCGUGUACCAUCCGGCUAAUGCUGGUCACUUGCUGCACCACGUCGCGUAUGUUGAUCCUCAUCCGGCUCAUCCGGCUUCCACGUUGUUGCACGUGCCUUCGACCACGCCAUUGUAUCCGGUAGGACCAACAACCGUCGAUUGUGAUCGGGAUGGAUCGAAGACACCUGCCAGCUAUCUGCCUCCUUCCACGGUAACAACCACCCCAGAGGUCCUUGUGACACCGGCCCCGACGACUCCAACACCUCCGGCUAGUGCCACCCCCGGAACCAGCUUCGCUGACGCCGUGGAUGAAGAGUACGACGACUCGAUCGUGGUGGAUGCUCGUAGCGGUGGAAGGAACUCAAACUUCUCGGACUACGAUUCGGUCACGGAUGCGGAUUACGGCGAGUCGGCUACGGUGACGGCUGCCACCACCACCACCAACACCGCCCCACUCGCGUAUCAUCGUCAGGGAGAUCGCUUCAGUCAGGAACGCGCUGCUGCCAUUGAGGUGAGUUAUGCAACACGCACAACACCAGCCAGCGACAUUGUGGCGUUCGAUCCGUCCACUGCCGUGUUUGAUCUUGGACCGGAAGUCCACGUUACGACCCCUUCCCCACGCCCUGUUGUCAGCUCGACCCCCUCGACAACCCCGCGAUCCUCCGUUACGAUUAUAUCUUCCACGACACCUCGCACGGUAUCUGCGAGGUUCAGCAGCAGCAGUAGCAGCAAUUCGGCGGAAAUCCAGUCCCAUGGAGUUGCCUCGCAGUCGGUUGUGGUUGGACAGGGGCUGACGCAGGAGCAGAUCCACGCCAACCAGGAGCAGUUUAUCAGGUUGCUGUCGGAGCGUGACUCGAUCGCGGAGGUUGGAUUUGGGCCGAAAACGGACUCCUCUGGGUCGCUGAUCGACACGUACGUGCGUAGUCGCGUGUUGUCGGCCACGCCAGCACCUCGGGAUGCCAAGGAGACGUCUCGCACCGUCAACAUCCGGCGUAUCGUGGUGUCGCGACCUGUGGAAACGGAGCAAGAGGUUGAGGUGCGUGAGCAUUCGUAUGGGAGCACUCUGGCACCGCCACCGUUGGCACAUCCCUCCUACGAGCACAAGCGUGACGUAAGCGAGGUGUCCGAGAGGUCCGCAGGAUCGCAGGAACCACCGGUUUACGUCACUGCGAAACCGCCGGCGUUCGCCAACGAUCAGGAGCAGUGA